GGAGUAUCCAACCAUCUCCAUUGACCGCUUCGACAGGGAGAACCUGAAAGCCCGUGCCUACUUCCUUUCGCACUGUCACAAGGCUUGAAGGUCUUCCUGUACUGUUCCCCGGUCACUAAGGAGCUGCUGUUAACCAGCCCCAAGUACAGAUUUUGGGAAAACCGAAUUAUAGCAAUUGAAAUCGAAACUCCUACCCAGAUAUCUUUAGUUGAUGAGGCAUCGGGUGAGGUUUUUAUUUCAGGGCAGUAAUGGAACUGUCUUAUACACAGGAGACUUCAGACUGGCCAAGGGAGAAGCUUCCAGAAUGGAGCUGCUGCACUCUGGGGGCAGAGUAAAAGACAUCCAAAGUGUGUAUUUAGACACCACUUUCUGUGACCCAAGGUUUUAUCAAAUUCCAAGUCGUGAGGAGUGCUUGAGGGGGAUCUUGGAGCUUGCUCGGAGCUGGGUCACCAGGAGUCCGCAGCACGUCGUGUGGCUGAACUGUAAGGCAGCUUACGGCUAUGAGUAUUUAUUCACCAACCUGAGUGAGGAGCUGGGAGUUCAGGUUCAUGUGGACAAACUGGACAUGUUUAAAAACAUGCCUGACAUCCUGCACCACCUCACAACGGACAGAAACACCCAGAUCCAUGCCUGCCGCCACCCAAAGGCAGAAGAGUGUUUUAAGUGGAAUAAAUUACCCUGUGGUAUGACUUCCAAAAACAAAACUGUCCUCCACACAAUUAGCAUCAAGCCAUCUACCAUGUGGUUUGGAGAGAGGACCAGAAAAACAAACGUGAUCGUGAGGACUGGAGAGAGCUCGUACAGAGCUUGCUUCUCUUUUCACUCCUCCUACAGUGAGAUUAAAGAUUUUUUGAGCUACGUCUGCCCAGUGAAUGCAUACCCAAAUGUCAUUCCGGUCGGCCUCACUGUGGAUAAGGUCAUGGACGUUUUAAAGCCUCUAUGCCGAUCUUCCCAAAGUGCUGAACCAAAGUACAAACCACUUGGAAAAUUGAAGAGAGCUCGAACAAUCCACCUUGACUCAGAGGAAGAUGAUGAUCUCUUUGAUGACCCUCUACCAACUCCUUUAAGGCACAAAGUUCCGUACCAGCUAACUCUUCACCCUGAGGUAUUUUCAAUGACGGCACUACCGCUAGACCAGCCUGAACUGAGACAAAGCCCUGGAUGUGGCAAAGCAGAGAGUAUGCGGAACCUUUCUUUAGCCAACUUUAUUGACUGUGAAGAAUCCAACAGUGACAGUGAAGAAGAGCUAGAAACCCCACCCUCGCUGCAGGGAGGUCUGGGCCCCGAGACCCUCCCCCAGCAAAAUGCUGAUCUAGAUGAGGACAUACCACAGUGGGAAGUAUUCUUCAAAAGAAAACAUGAAAUCGCAGAUGAAUGUUUGGAAAACUUACCUUCCUCCAUAGAGACAGGGGGAUCUCAGUCACCAAAGCUUUUCAGUGACUCACCAAAGCUCUGCAGUGAGUCUGAUGGAGAAUCCACCCAUAUCUCUUCCCAGAAUUCAUCUCAGUCAACCCACAUAACAGAUCAAGGAAGUCAAGGCUGGGACAGCCAGUGUGAUACUGUUUUGUUAUCUUCCCAAGAGAAAAGUGGUGGGGAUAGUACCUCUCUGAACAAGGGUACCUACAAACCAAAAAUCAAAGAGAGUAUUUCUGCCUCUCAGAUAGAACAGGAUGCACUCUGUCCACAAGAUACUUGCUGUGGUUUGAAAAGCAGAUCUGAAGUAAAUGCAGUUCCUUGUAGUGGAGAACUAGACACUGUGAGUGGCAGAGAGACCCCACCUGAGAAAUCACUAAGCAGCACAUGUGCAGACUCACAGAGCUCCUCUGAUUUUGAAAUCCCCUCAACGCCAGAAGCUGAGCGUCCUAAGCCAGAGCAUUUGCAGUACUUAUAUGGAAAAUUGGCAACAGGUGAGAGUAUAGUUGUUGAAAAAAGAAAAUGUUCACUUGUAGAUAUUUAAGAAAUAAAACUCUCAUUCUAGCAAGGAUGUCCACCCAGCCUUUGGCUGUUGUAGCACAGUAAUAGACAUAAAAGUACUGACAGCAUCCAUAGCUGCGGAUGGAUGUGCAGAGGGUAGACACACUUGUUAGAUCAACAACCACUAAAAACCCUACACAGAGUGACACAUCAAAGAUCAACAUGUAAGAUUAAAAGAAUGCUCAAAUGACCUAAAAGAAAAGAGAAACAGGCUCAAAAACAGCAUUGCAUAAGAUGGUAGAACUAAAUCUAAACAUAUAAUUACAUUCAAUGCAAAUGAUGUAAAAAGAUUUAUGAAAAGACAGAGUCCAGGAAAAACAUAGCCCAACUAUGUGCUGUUUAUAGAAAACACAAUGAUGUGAAAGUUGACGGUAAAGGACAGACCCUGUAAAUGUGUUAAGAAAGCCAGAGUGAUACAGUAGAAGCUGACAUCAUCCCCUACAAAAAGUCUAACUCACCAAGAAGAUGUAAUGGUAAGGGUCUUGCCUAGACUGUAUGAAGCUUUAGGUUCAGUUCCCAGUACUGCCCUCCACAAAAGAGACCAAAUAAUACAGAUACAUAACAUCUCCCAUGCUUCUCUUAGAGAACCAGUGCACACACAGGAAAUCAGUAAGACAAGAACUGACCACCACCACCAAUUGGAUCUGAUAAAGAGUAUUUUACUUCACAGCAGAAUACAUCCCCAAGUAUACAAGGUCCACUCCUCCACCAAGAUACAAGCAGUCUAGAAGAAUAAAGGUGGGAUUUAUUAUAGACAACUGAUAGAAGGGGGAACCCAGAACCUUAUUAACCUCUGUCACAUAAAAACCUGGGGCAGGGCUAGAGAGAUGGCUAGGCAGCUGAGAGCACUUGGUGGUUGUGAGGGACCCAGGUUUGUCCCCUCACCCACAUGGCAGCUCACAACUGUAACUGCAUUAGAGGAUCCAUGCACAUGUGGUGCGCAGGCAUACAGACAGGCAAAAGGCUCAUACAUAAAACAAAUCUUGAAAGCUACCCGCAGGCUGGGCAAAGCUGCGUUCUAGAAGCUGAGACCAGAGGGACUUGAGUUGGAGGUCAAGCCUGGACAACGUAGCAAGAGGUUGUUUCAGGACAUAAAACUGUUCCCAAUACAAUGACACCAUUGGAGCCACAACAGUUAGAAUGUAAAGGAAGAUACUUCAAUGCUUAACAUGUUCUGUGAAUUGUUAAAGUGCCUUAGAGUACAAUGCUUUUGUAUUGAUGUAUAUGGAUUAAUAAAGCUUUAUAAACAUUUUCAUAAGCA